AACGUGUUUUUUAAUAUAAUUAAAUUAAAUAUAAUUCCCGUAAUCAACCAUAAAUUAUCCGCAACCCAUAUACACGGGUCCUCUUCCUCGUCCAACCAGGCGGCUAAAUCAAUUUGGGAGACGUCAACGGAACCCUAGGCGGUUCCUCUUCCUCAACCGACCCUCGCUCCUUCCAUUGCCGCUCCCUGCAGACGAUCGCAUCCCCUUACCCCUGCCUUGCGCUUCAUCCUCGCUUCCAGAACCACUCUGCCCCUCAUCCGCUGAAAGACCGUUGAUUGCCCUUGCCCUGUUAGGAGCCUCGCGCCUUCGCGCAGAAGCAACCAGACCGCCGGGCAUAUUCUCCACUCUCACUACAUCCUCUCCCUCCAUCCUUUUCGUCCGUUGAACCACAAGAAGAAAACAGCCGAGAAACCCUCAAGCACGCUGACAAAGCAAAUCGCGGCUCCCGCAGAUAAGCUGCGCGCUUAUUGUUUGUAUUAGAAGAUCUCAUUUUGAACUUUUGGGAUUGACAACCGUGUGUGCGAAAAAAAGAAGCUUUUGGAAGAUUCAUCUCUGUGAAACUUGCCAUAAAAAGAGUCCAUGUGAAUCUCAUUCAUAUGAUGGGCAACACGAUCAGUUGCUUCAAAAAGACCACAACGUCCACAAGAGACAUUUAUGGUCGUAAAAUGCGUAUAAAAACUGCCGGAAAAGACAGCAAUGGUACAUUUAUCUUGGGCUAUAACUGUCUCACUCACAGUAAUGUAAUCAUUCAAAAAAUAUAUCAUUCGUGGGCAAAUCCUGAAGCCGCUCGUUCAGAGAUAAUGAAAGAGACUUCAGUGUUGAUGAAGUUGAGGCAUGAGAACAUUGCAAGAUUGCUUCAUGUUGAAAUGGGAGACAUGUCUCUGGGCUUAGUUUAUGAGCAUGAUGAUCAUUGCUUUUUCAUGGAGAAGAGAAAAAUUCCUGUCAGGGACCCACAUAAAAUAAAGACUCAUUUACAUCAAAUUCUUUCUGCUCUUGCGCAUUGCCAUUCUCUGAACGUUCUUCACCGAGAUUUGCGACCAAAUCACUUGCUGAUGGACAGCAAAGGCAAUGUCAAGCUUGCUGGUUUUGGAUGGGCUGUACUUGAGGCUGAUAAAUCGGCUACAAUUAUGAGUGGCACUUUGCCUGUCGAUCCUUUACCGAGGAAUGCACCUGAAUAUAGACCUCCUGAAUAUUUCCUAACACUAGAGGAAUGGUCUGAAGCAUCUGAUGUAUGGUCAGUGGGAUGUAUAUUUGCUGAGAUGGUGACACAAGAACCACUAUUUGUCAAUGCUGAUGGAUCGCUUGGUUAUCCUGGAGCUCAGGCACACAAGAUUUUGCAGGUUGUCGGCCCACCUGAGGAAGAUCAACUGCUGCCUGGAUACACAGAGAUGUGCCGUUACCCUCUAAGCAGGCCUCAGUACAGACGCAUGGACUUUGCUAAAAUGUUCCCUGGUCUAGAAGAAUCUGGCAUCGAUCUUCUCUCGCAAAUGCUUCGUGUUGAACCGUCAAGGAGGAUCAAAGCUAAGGAUGCACUUGGUCAUGAGUACUUCCAUGAUUUGGACAAACCUAAAUGAGAGCCCGUCUGCCUUCCAAUUAACGAAUCUUUGGCCCGGCAUCUUUUGUGAUGAGUGGCUUCUUUGUGUGAAUAUGGAACCCUUAACUUUGUUUUAUGAGAAUAUGGCCUCAAAAGUCGUGAAUGCACUUAUUAUUAAUAAUUAUUUAAUGUCUUCUGAAUAGAUCAGUUCGAACCCUUUUGGCUUGAUAACCUUGAUUACCUUUUGCUUGAAUUAAAUAAAAAUGUUCUA